GUUGAUGAAGAAAGGCUAUGGUGGAAUGAUAUCAGUGGAAUUUGAUGGAGCAGAAUACCUUGUCAUCAUAGGAGGGAUUGGUUCUACACCAACUGUUUACCAUCCUCAGUUUCAAUAUGAUCAACUUAAGAAUGGUUGUGUUCGUACUAAUGAACAGUUACUUUAUAAUGUGUCCACUGGACAAUUUACUGUUCCAUCUGUCAGUGGACAGUGUUGUCCACCAACUGAUUCUUUCAUAAUUGAGAAGAUUACUACUACCGGUAACAGAGGAGUAAUGUUUGGUGGACAGGUGACUGUUAAUGGUGAUGGGACUACAGCUACUAACAGUGUUUACAUAUUCAGUGUGACACAUAGUAUAAUAAACUGGGAGAUACUGAAACCAGGAGCAAUACCUAAUGAGGGACUGUGGCCUAUGGAGAGAGACCAUCAUGCUAGUGCUAUUAUCAAUGGUGACUCUACCUCACCUACACUAGUAGUGAUUGGUGGACUGGAUAAGAGAGGUCAACUAGUUAAUGAAUGGACAGACAGUCUGGCCUUGAGAACCAGAAAUGGCGGGUUAAAGAUCAUUUAUGGGGCCUCAACUCUCCCCGCACUGUCUGAGCCUCACUCAGCUAUUGGUUUAACUGAUAAGGUGUUUGUGUAA